AUGCCUGUGCCUGUGGGCAGCUGGGUGUCCCAGCCGGCCCAGGAGUGCUGCAGCCACAUGCUGCAGUGGCCAGGCUACCUGGGCCAGAUCUGGUACAAUCCUGUCCCCGAGCCAAGCAACCAGGCUGGCACCAAAGCAGGCAUCACCCACAGAGGGGAGACCAGAGCAGGCAGGGAUGGACUGGUGCCCAGGGCUGGUGCCUGGGGUCAUCUGGGUGCAGCUGGCAGUGCCUGUGCUCACCACCACCCCUGCUCCCUGGCAGACAGCUUGGGGAGGGCAGAUGGCACCAUUCCGGCAGAGCCCACCGACCCCAACAGCAGUGAGCCUGGAGACAUCAGCCUGCACCCCGUGGAGUCCAUCAGUGACCUGCACUGGGCCUCAGGCGGGCACAAGGGUGCUGAGGGGAAUGGCUCCGCUCAGUCCAGCACCCCACGCAGGCCCCGCACUCGCCCCGCACCCUGCACCGCCCCACGCCAGCCGCUCCUGCCCAUACUGCGCCCUGUGCCUGCUGCCACUGCCUGCUCCUGCCUCGGCCCCUGCCACCCCCUAUUCCUUGCUCUGCUGGGCAUCCUGGCACUGGCUAGCCUGGUCCUCGCCACAUUGGCCAUCUACCUGAGUGUGCUGCAGAGCCAGUCAGUGCAGGUGCUGGUCAAGUGGCUGGAGAGCCAGGAGGAAGCCGUGCAGCAGCUGCGGGCCACCAGCGGGCAGCUCUGGGCUCACCUCAAUGCCAGCGAGGAGGCUGGCGGGCACCGCUGAGCCACCCUCUGCGCCACACCAGGACUGCGAGCCCCAUGGAGCCCAGCACGGCCCACAUGAGGCAAGGGGCACCAAACUGCAGGGGAAGGGAGCAGGCAGCCCUGCUCCACUGACCCCCACUAUUUAUUACCCAACUCUGCUCAUACCUGGCAGCAUCCCCCCAACAAGGACACAAGGGGCAGGGCAGGGGGACCUAUGGCCUCUGCCACAAGAUGCCAAAGCAAGGGAAGGA